GGUGAAGUCCUGGGCAGACGCCUUUGGUGGGGAGCUGUACUCUGUUGUGACUAGGUAUUCAGGCUCUCUUCUGUUGCAGAAGAAGUACAAAGAUGUGGAGCCAACUCUGAAGAUCAAAGAGGUGGAUGGCUUGGAGCUCGUGAAGAAGUUCUCGGAGCAGAUGGAGAGCAUGCUCCGCAGGAAGGUCGAAGCUGUGGAGAGGUUGGUGGAAGCAGCAGAAGAUGCAGAUCUGAACCAUGUGUACAACUCCUCACUGGAGUUUGAUUACUACAACUCUCUCCUGAUUAAUGAGAAGGAUGAAAAUGACAAUUAUGUGGAGCUUGGAGAUGAAUUCAUUUUGGAGCCAAAUGAGCAUUUCAAUAACCUGCUGGUGAACACAACAUACAGUGAUAUCCAGCUCCCCACCAACGUCUACAACAAAGACCCUGCAAUCCUUAAUGGAGUUUAUAUGUCAGAAGCCCUGAAUCCUGUUUUUGUGGACAACUUUGAAAGGGAUCCCACGCUGACCUGGCAGUACUUCGGCAGCUCCACUGGAUUCUUCAGGCUCUACCCAGGAAUCAAGUGGUUACCAGAUGAAAAUGGAGUUAUCUCCUUUGACUGCAGAAACCGUGGCUGGUACAUCCAAGCAGCCACCUCUCCCAAGGACAUUGUCAUCAUUGUGGACGUCAGUGGAAGCAUGAAGGGCCUGCGGAUGACCAUUGCCAAACACACCAUCGUCACCAUAUUAGAUACUCUGGGAGAAAAUGACUUUGUCAACAUCAUUGCAUACAAUGAUUAUGUUCAUUUUAUUGAACCCUGUUUUAAGGGUAUCCUAGUCCAAGCAGACAGAGAUAACAGAGAGCACUUCAAGCAGCUGGUGGAUGAACUGCAGGCAAAAGGAGUGGGGACUGUGAGCAAGGCUUUGACAGAGUCCUUCAAAAUCCUGAGAGAGUUCAGAGAAGCUGGACAAGGAGGAUUGUGUAACCAAGCUAUCAUGCUGAUCACAGAUGGAGCAGUGGAGGAUUAUGAAGCUGUGUUUGAGAAAUACAACUGGCCAGAUCGGAAGGUCCGAGUUUUCACUUACCUCAUUGGACGGGAGGUCACCUUCGCCCCCCACGUGAAAUGGAUUGCCUGCAACAACAAAGGCUAUUACACCCAGAUCUCCACGCUGGCUGAUGUCCAGGAGAACGUGAUGGAAUACCUGCACGUGCUCAGCCGUCCCAUGGUCAUCAACCACGACCAUGACAUCAUUUGGACUGAAGCCUACAUGGACAGUGCGCUGCCACAGUCUGAGGAGCUCUUUGCAUCUCAGGCUCAGAGUCUGUUGCUCAUGACGACAGUGGCCAUGCCUGUCUUCAGCAAGAAGAACGAGACGCGGUCUCAUGGCAUUCUUCUGGGUGUGGUGGGCUCUGAUGUUCCACUGAGGGAGUUGUUAAAGCUUGCUCCACGGUAUAAGCUGGGUGUCCAUGGAUACGCCUUUCUGAACACCAACAACGGCUACAUCCUUUCCCACCCAGACCUGCGUCCUUUGUAUAAAGAAGGAAAGAAACUGAAGCCUAAGCCAAAUUACAACAGCGUGGAUCUCUCAGAAGUGGAAUGGGAAGACCGGGAUGAAAUACUGAGAUCUGCCAUGAUCAAUGGGGAAACAGGCUACCUCACUAUGGAUGUGAAGGUCCCCGUGGAUAAAGGGAAACGAGUUCUCUUCCUCACCAAUGAUUAUUUCUUCACGGACAUCAGUGACACACCCUUCAGCCUGGGUGUUGUGCUGUCCAGGGGACACGGGGAGUACAUUCUGCUAGGGAACACUUCAGUGGAAGAAGGUUUGCAUGACCUGCUCCAGCCAGACUUGUCUUUAGCAAAUGAAUGGAUUUACUGCAUCACUGACAUUGAUCCAGACCACCGAAAGCUCAGCCAGCUGGAGGCUGUGAUCCGUUUCCUCACUGGAGAGGAGCCUGACCUGGAAUGUGAUGAGGAAUUGGUCCAGGAAGUGCUGUUUGAUGCAGUGGUCACUGCACCCAUGGAGGCCUACUGGACAACACUAGCCCUCAAUAUGUCCCUGGACUCUGAGGCAGGGGUUGAAAUGGCGUUUUUGGGCACUCGAGCUGGACUCAUGAGGAGUGCCCUGUAUGUGGGCUCUGAGAAAAUUUCCAACAGGUAA